AUGUCUUCCUACGCAGCAUCUAUCACUUCCAAUGCCAACUCCUUGGCUGGUUACACCAAAAAAGUCGCACGACCAGCUCGCCCAGAUAUCGAAAUCGAUUUGAAGGAUCACACCGAGGGAAGAGUUUAUACCACGUACGAUGCAUUAUCAGGAAAUGUCAAGAUCACAGCACCCCAAAAUGCUCGCUUCGAUGAGGUCAAGAUCACCCUUGAAGGCACAAUCAGAACUUAUGUGGACAACUUGUCACCUGCAGCCUCCGCCAGUACCAAGACCACUGCAAUUCACAGAUUCUUAAAGUUGGUCAUGCCAGUUUCAGAGUCCGAGUAUCCUCAACCACGUAUUGCUGAAUCUGGGCGAACAUACACAUUUCCGUACAACUUCGUCAUUCCAGAUCGUCUUCUCCCCCGAUCCUGCACCCACCCAAACACCGCUGAUCAUGUUACGGAAGCUCACUUGCAAUUGCCUCCCAGCAUGGGCCACCGCGCUUUAAUUGGAGGCCAGUCGGAUAUGGCUCCAGAAAUGAGCAAAGUGCUAUACGCAAUUCGAGUUCAGGUAGUCAAACGCCGGGAGGAAGACGCGCGGGAAGUUGUUCUUGUGGAAAGGAACAUGCCAAUACGAGUUAUCCCAGCUCAAGCAGAGGCAGCUCCUUUGAUCGUGGGAGCUGAAGAUGAUCAAUUCGUUUUAUCGAAGACCAAGGCGUUGAAGAAGGGAAUGUUCUCAGGAAAGCUUGGCAAAGUCACAGUAUCAGCAGCUCAGCCAGCCGCCAUAAUACUCCCAGCGCCGUCAUCUUCGAGCUCCACACCUGCUACAACAAUGGCAACGGUCCAGCUCAGGUUCGAUCCUCACGAUUCUUCAGCUCAGCCACCUAGACUUGGAGGUUUAAGCACCAAGAUCACAGCCUCCACUUUCUUCGCUGUCAGACCUACUUCAGGUAUUCCAACCCACCGCAACGCACAAUCAGCAUUCGAGAUCCACCGAGGAGUUUACGACAGCACAGUCAGCGUUUCUUCUCGCUGCGUCGAAUCUGUACAGUGGACUAAGCAUCCAGCAACCAUCAGACGUGGUUCCGCUUCCUCAACCAGCUCCUCUGACUUCUCCGACUGUUCACAACCCAUCGUACCAAAAGAAUCCGCAGCAUACUACUCCGCAAAGAUUCUCGUACCAAUCACUCUCCCAUCGACAAAAGUCUGGAUCCCAACUUUCCACAACUGCAUCACCUCCCGCCUCUACGUUCUCGACCUCUCACUCUCAAUCCACACUCCAGGCGCCGGAGUACCUGCAUCUACGGUGGCUCUUCAUCUUCCACUCCAAAUCGGUGCUGCUGGAAACUUGAGCAGUCGUCCAGAGAUGACUGCCGCAGAAGCAGCUGCUGAACUGGCGGAAGUGGAUGAGUUUCUUCGACCGAGACUCAUCGAGAUGCCACGGGAAGAGUUGAUUGGCAACAGUGUAUUGGCGCACCAUGCAACGGAUCUUCCACCAUCGUACGAAUUUUCGGGUGUGGCACAGGCUAUCAGAUCAUGA